UUAAGAUGGUGGUAAGUUAUUUUCAACUCGCAGAAAUCAUAUAAUGUAACAUUUCACAGUUAUGUACAACUGCUAAGUUAACAAUUGAAAAAGUGUAGAAGUCAAAGCAUAUAAGGUAGCAUUUAAUAAGCAGACAGCGGCACGCGGCUAUGACCGUAAAUUGACAUCACUAAUGGCCAUUAUUCGUGCGUUGACAUGUCUCUCCUGAUGAUCACAGCAAGACAGAAUACAUCACGCAACAAAACUGUUGCAAAUGUUAUCCUUCAUUAAUACUUGAGAGGUUUAUAGAUUUGCAAAAGAUACCGGAAAUAGUAUCCAAAAGACCGGCUAUCCAGUACCUACUACAUUCUGUUUUUGUCAUUAAAGUCUUAGACUUACUGACGUUAUGUAGACGCCAACCUAAAUUCCUGUUGGACGAAGCACCAGUGCAAGCUAUGUCAGGAAUAUCUUCCGAAAAACGAACAACGUCAUGAAGGAUAUUGGUAGAACACAAUUGGAUGAAACUCAAGACUCUGAAGACCUUUUUCAAACUGAAAAAUGGACAUGGAAACCAGUAGGCGCUGACUGGAAUGGAGUUGAAAAUGCACAUGCUUGGCAAUACUUUGGAAACGUUUCAAAAUCGGAUGAAGAAGAGAGUUAUAAUGAGCAUGAAGUUGAGACGGAGGUCGAUCCUUUCACAAACAUGACUUUCAUAUUUUCCCCUUCAAGUCCAGGGAUUAUAUUUGGUAAGAGGAAUAAAACGGUGGAAAAAGCGCAUUUGGUUUUUGAAGGUCAAUUAAAAACAACGAAUUGGUGCUUCAAAGCGUAUUACACAAAAGCAUCUAAAAAAUAUAAGAAAACUAUGAACUGCUGUAAAAAGUUAAGAAAGUGCCAAAAGAAAAGACACGUUAAAGAUGGAAUUUUCGAUUGCUCGUGUGCUAUAUAUUUUAACAUCUGUUUGAAAAAAGCCAAGACAAACAUGGCCAAAACCAUUGAAAAAAUGUACUUCGAUCGAAAUAUUGUUUGCUACAAGAAAAAUCACAAUUGUGGAGCGGAUGGAAAGUGCGUAACAAACUUUGCAUACCAAUGGAAGAUUAUCUAUCGAUACCUUGGAUAAACUUAGUAAUCCCAGUAAUUUCCGAAAUGUUAAGAGUCUAUACUUUAGGAUAUAUACAAGAGGUUUACCAUGGUGUUAGAUUUGAAACUCGCUGGAACACACAUACUGUUAGGCUGUAAGCUAACACAGAACUACUUUUUGUAGAUAGUUCUAACUGAGAUUAUGCUUAGAACGUCAAAUAAUAACUAAAGAAUAUGUUCAGAGUUUAUUAGCCAAAUUUGACAAAGUAAAUAGACAAAUUAACCUUUUCAAACAAAUUAAUUCAAUAAAUAUAUAAGUCGCUUUAGUUCAAAUUAUCAAA